AUGCUGGAGCAGACGAAUAUUGGCACAAUAACUCGUGUGGUAGUGGAUGAGGCCAACAAAUUUAAGUAUCUAUUUUUUGCCAUGGGAGCUAGCAUAGAAGGGUUCAGUGCGAUGAGGAAAGUCCUCAUUGUGGAUGGAACACACCUCAAGAAUGUUUAUGGUGGAGUUCUCCAUGUUGCGACUGCUCAGGAUCCUGAUAAUCACCACUACCCAAUUGUGUUUGGUGUAGCAGAUGGUGAGAAUGAUGAAAGUUGGAUAUGGUUUAUGGAACAGUUGAAAUCAGUGAUAUUUGAUGUCCCGGGAUUGGUAUUUCUUUCAGAUAGAAAUAAAAGCUUGAUCAAGUCAGUACGUCUGGUGUUCCCUGAGGCCGAACAUGGGUAUUGUAUAUGGCAUUUGUCUCAGAAUGUUAAAACCCACGUCCAUAACAACAAAGAUACUUGUGCGUUCAAGUUUAGAGAAUGCGCACACACUUUUACGGAGGCUGAGUUCAACUACCUUUAUCAUGCUUUUCGCCGGAAGUAUCCUAGUGCAGCAGCGUAUAUUGACAAAAGUGUUGAAGAGAAGAAGUGGGCUAGAUGUUACUUCAGAGGAGAUAGGUACAAUGUUGACACCACCAAUUCAGUAGAAUCUUUUAAUGGUGUUAUUAAGGAAGCGAGAAAGUACACCUUACUACCAAUGUUUGAUGUUAUGAUUGCGAAAAUGUCUAAAUGGUUUAACAACCAUAGGAAGGAGGCAGCUGAAAUACCAUACACACUGAAGCUUGUGCCUAUUUUGAAAACCGAAAUGUCUAAAAUAUGUGUUGAUGCGGGGUUUCUUACAAUUGACGAAUUAAACAGCUUCCAUCUUGAGUACAGUGUGCAUGGUACUGAUGGCAAGGUUUAUACUGUUGAUAUGGCUAGGAAUACUUGCAGUUGUGAGCAAUUUGAUAAAGACAAAUACUCUUGUGUGCAUGGAGUGGCUGCUGCCACAUUCAUGUAUAAGGCAGCGAGAAGGGAACUCCAUCUAUCAAAGUAUUGUUCAAAAUACUAUUUAGUGGAGCAAUGGGAUUUGGCUUAUCACAGGACCAUAUAUCAUGUUCCUCAUAUAUCUGAUUGGGUUAUACCAGAAGAUGUUAAAGCAAAGAAAAUACUUCCUCCAGAUUUUGACAAGAAGAAAGGAAAACCACAACAAACAAGAUUUUCAUCAGUAGGAGAAUCCCGUGGAAGAGAAAAAAGAGGCAGAGGGGGAGCUAGAGAAGCUAGAGGAGCCAGAGGAAGAGGCAGAGGGGGAGGAGAAGGUAUGGCGUCGUAUUUUGAAUGUGGGAGUGGUUUAGGUACUACCUAG